AUGAAGAAGGAACUGAGCACGUUGUUGAAAACUACAAGUAAAGCAAUAGAUAAAGACUAUAAAGAUUACAGGCACAAAAUUAUUGAGAACAACCUAAACACUUUCAGAAGCAUGACAAAAGCUUAUAAGAAGUUGACCACGUAUAAGUACUGGAUUCAGGGCUUAAAAUCAAAAUCAAAUGAAACAAAAACCAGAAAAGAUAUCAUGGAAUGUGCCACAGUGUUUUACAAGCAAUUAUACACAAAACCAAUUUCGUGCAAAACUGACGUUGCUACAGCAGAUUUACAAUGCCUAAACGAUUUGACACCAGUAGACGAGCAGGAAGUCACCAAGCACAUCAGAAGACUCAGAGCAGCCAAAAGUCCUGGUCCUGACGGGAUACAAAAUGAGGCAAUCAAGGCUGGCAGUAUCCUACUUACAAGCCCACUCACGCAUCUGUUCAACAAGGUUCUGCACACACUUCUAUAUAAGAAAGGAGACCCCCAGGACAUCUCUAAUUACCGUCCGAUUAGUUUUCUCUCAAGUGUGUAUAAACUGUUCCUGUUGAGCCCCGAGAUUGAUAAAUAUCAACCAGUGUAA